GAGGGAGCAGGAGCACUGGCGAGAGAGUGUCAGUAGGAGAUGCAGUGUGGAGGACCUCUGUAGUAUAACAAUGUAUCUGGGCUUUGAAGAAGUGCUGAGAGCACAAGGCACUGCAGGGCACACCGGCUUGUUGGUGUAUCACACCUCCUCCUGGGACUUUCAUUUCACUAUCUAGCCGCUGCAUUCCCAAGUAAAGUGCAGUAAUGCUGUGGGAUUUACAAUGACAUCCAAGAGGAGAUCAGCCAAAUUUCUGCUGAGAAGGUCUCUGAGUGAGCAAUUAAAGGAAUCCACCACCAAAGCUUGGGACCUGCUGUGGAAAAACAUCCGGGAAAAGCGCCUGGCAGAACUCGAAGCAAAAGAAGCAUGCGAGUGGUUACGGGCGGCUGGAUUUCCUCAAUAUGCUCAGCUUUAUGAAGAUUCUCAAUUCCCUAUCGAUAUUGCGUCUGUGAAACGUGAUCAUGAUUUCCUUGAUAGAGACCAUGUAGAACCACUUUGCAGACGGCUGAACACGUUGAACAAGUGUGCAUCCAUGAAACUCGAUGUCAGCCUCCAAAGGAAGAAGAGUGAAGAUUCAGAUGAAGAAGAUCUUUGCGCAAUCAGUGACAAAUGGACAUUCCAAAGAUUCAGUCGUCGAUGGUCUCGGGUGGAUGACAUUGAUACACUGCUCGGAAGAUCAGAAAGACUUGGGUCAUCCGGGGACAUGAAAAACACGACAAGUAGUGAAAGUGUGCUGACAGAUCUCAGUGAGCCUGAAAUAUGUUCUAUUCACAGUGGAAGUAGCGGUGGGAGUGACUGCAGAUGUGCUUCCAGUGAUACGUUUGAGUGUAAUGACACAAUGUGCGUGCCAGAUUCCAACUCAUAUUGGCCAAGAGAUAUCUCAGAUGGUAAAUUAAAUGUAAAGACUGAUAAAUCACAUACAAAAGCAAAAACACUUCUAAAAUGCAUGGGUACUCUUCGCGGCAAAGGAGCCCAUGGGAAACUGAAAGGACCACCUAAAGCGGUAGGUUUAAUAAUUAGUGAGCCUAUUCUGCAACUGGAGCCCGAAUCUGUAAAAUCAAUGAACUGUGUUCAGAUAGGUAAUGGACCAGUAAAUGACUCCAUUAUGGACUUUAAGGUAACUGGAAACUUGGACUCAAACUCAGAAACAAGAACAAUUAAUGAAAGCACUUCAAGUUUAAAAAAUGCUGAGGUUUCUGAAUCAAACAAACGUGCCGGCAUGUACCUGGAGGACGUUGACCUCUUCACAAUGACUGGGAUACGGGCUAAACCCAGCCAGAAUCAUAAAAAUGAAUUUCAUUCCCAAGAGGAUCUGGUUGUAUAUAUUCCAAAGGACCACAAGCCUGGAACAUUUCCAAAAGCAAUAUCUAUUGAAAGCCUCUCACCUUCUGAGAAUCUCGGGGGUGUAAACUGGCGAGGUGCAAGCAUAUCACUCAGUGGGCAAAAGGGACUUUGUGUCAAAGAACCAAGACCUUUAUCUUCAAGAUGUCCAAGAGGCAGCAGGCUUAGUGUAUAUGAUAAUGUUCCAGGAUCCCAUUUGUAUGCCAGCACUGGAGAUCUCAUGGACCUGGAAAAAGAUGAUCUUUUCCCCCAUUUAGAUGAUGUACUACAACAUAUCAAUGGACUUCAGCAGUCCGUUGACCAUUGGUCAAAAGAUAUUAUGCCAGAAUUGCAAGACGACAAUGUAUCGCUGUUCCAGAUUCCCACCCCAGUAUUCCGUACACCAAAUCCAGUAGGCGGAGACUUUGAAGGAAAUUCUAUAUCCGAUGGAAGGACAACCCCGAGUGAUUUGGAAAGAGAUGCGGCAUCUCUUAAUGAGUCAGAUGCAACAGGAACAAGAGAAAGAAGAGACUCAGGAGUUGGAGCAUCUCUUACGAGAACAAACAGACAUUUGAGGUGGCACAGUUUUCAGGCAUCUCACCAGCUGAGCAGGUCUCUGGCAUCACUUCAAAUCAGCAACCAGUCUGCGAGCCAGCUCAAUCUGCUGCAAAAGUUCUCCCUGUUACGGCUGACCGCCAUCAUGGAAAAAUAUUCCAUGUCAAACAAACAUGGGUGGACAUGGUCUGUACCAAAAUUUAUGAAGAGAAUGAAGGGCCCUGAUUACAAGGAUAAGAAUGUUUUUGGUGUACCCCUGAUGGUUCAUGUGCAGAGAACUGGGCAACCAUUACCACAAAGCAUUCAGCAGGCGUUACGGUUCCUGCGCAGCAACUGCCUUGAUCAGGUCGGCUUGUUUAGAAAGUCUGGUGUUAAGUCUCGAAUCCAGGCCCUGCGCCAGAUGAAUGAGAGCAGCCCCGAGAAUGUAAACUACGAUGGCCAGUGUGCGUACGAUGUGGCAGACAUGAUGAAGCAGUUCUUCAGGGACCUUCCAGAGCCCCUGCUCACCAGUAAACUAGGGGAGACCUUCCUUCACAUUUACCAGUAUGUUCCCAAGGACCAGAGGCUCCAGGCAGUGCAGUCGGCCAUCAUGUUAAUGUCAGAUGAGAACCGUGAAGUUCUGCAAACGCUCUUGUGUUUUCUCAGUGAUGUCACCUCAGUAGAAGAGAAUCAGAUGACCCCGAUGAAUCUCGCCGUGUGCUUGGCGCCAUCACUCUUCCACCUCAAUUUAUUGAGGAAAGACAAUUCCCCUAGAGCCAUUCAGAAGAAGUACGCAACUGGGAAACCAGAUCAGAAGGACUUGAAUGAGAACUUGGCAGCUACACAGGGUCUGGCCCACAUGAUUAUGGAGUGCAACAAGCUGUUUGAGAUUUCUGAGGAAAUCAUAGCCCAGUCCCGGAAUUCAUACGCUGAAGCUGACAUCCAUGUUCCUACUUUGGAGGAACUGGUGAAACAGAUGGAUGAGGAGGCCGGCAGUGUCUGCACAUACUUCGAUACUGUCAUCCAGAAUCUUCAGAAAGAAUCCAGGGAUAAAUUUAAAGGAUGGAUGUCUUUCUCCAGUACAGAGAACACGGACCUCGCUUACAAAAAGGUUGGAGAUGGAAAUCCAUUGAGGCUCUGGAAAGCGUCGGUGGAAGUAGAAGCUCCGCCAUCCGUUGUACUCAAUCGCCUGCUACGAGAGCGCCACCUAUGGGAUGAUGAUUUUACUCAAGCAAAAAUAAUAGAUACUAUUGAUAGUCAAACUGAAGUGUAUCAGUAUGUAGUGGACAGCAUGGCUCCUCAUCCUUCCAAGGAUUUUGUGGUGUUGAGGACAUGGAGGACUGACUUGGCAAAGGGAAUGUGCAGCUUGGUGGCCACCUCUGUGGAGCAUGAGGAUGCCCCAUUAAUAGGAGGAGUGAGGGCAACAGUGAUGGACACUCGAUAUUUGAUUGAACCUUGUGGCUCUGGGAAAUCCAGGCUGACCUAUAUUUGCAGAGUUGACCUAAAGGGCCAUUGCCUAGACUGGUACAACAAGUGCUAUGGACACCUUUGUGCGGUAGAAGCUUUGCGGAUCCGGAACUCAUUUCAGCCGCUUACGGCGGAAGGACCAGAAACGAAAAUCUGAAAAAUAUGUUAUAUAAAGACUUUACCUAGUACUAGUAUAAAAGGAUCUCCAUUAUAAGAAGCCACAAUGACUCUAAGAAGAGGCAGCACUGAGCAUGCAGGGGACUCCUGGACGUUAUGGAGAUAUCAGAGAUGACGCUCCUUUAUAAUUUAAUUGUAUAAAGACCAUGUACAUUUGUAAUCUAUACAUAUCUAUCUAUAAGAUAUUUUAUCAGGACUAUAUGUGUAUACAACGUAUGUAAAUUAAGUAUAUGAGUUAAUGCUUUCUGUGGAAGCUUUUUGUUUCUUAUUUCGUACAUUUUAUUUCACUUUGCGCACGUUGUUUAUACACAUGUAUAAGUGCUUGUAGAGCUGGCCACAAGUAGUAUUAUAUCUCAUGGACCAUGGAAGUUGUGGUUUACUAUACGCAGCAAUAAUAUGGACACGUGACAUAGGUUGUCCUCAUCUGUUAUGCACUGCACUGUCUGGACCUUAUGGAAAAGAGGUACUUUGUAAAUAAGAGAAUAAAGAAUUGUCUUUGUGUAUAAAAUGUGACCUGAAACCA